AUGGCUGUGUACAUUGUGGCUGAUUGCAUUGCACUGGUCACAGUGGUCCUCACGAGCUCUGUGCACGGCAAGCUGCAGGCCUUGGAGGACUGGUUCUGGGGCUGUGCCUAUCGUCUACACCACACACUGAAAGACAGGAAUCUGCUCCCCAGUGCUGGAACAAAUACAUUGUUUUGCGUCCAUCACCUUCAAAAGCACAUUGACGAUAAGGGUGAGCAAACAACAGGGAAAGAUGCAGCCUCUGUCCCACAAGAUAAACAAGGAAGAGCAGGAAACCCACACAGGGCUGAUGUGCUUCAACUCAUGGCAGAUGGUUGGAUGGACUACAUUUCCACUCUGAUGUUGAACAGUGGAACAUGCUCAAAAGUGGAUGCUUGGACUACAAUCAAUCAGCAGCUGAAAGAUUUGAAUGGAAGAUUAUUUCUAGAUGCUAAUUUCUCAAGACUGCUUUUGAGAGAUGACACCGAGGAUGGUUUGAUGUCCCCAGAUAUGAAGCACAGUGCUGGGAAAGUCUAUGACAAUGUGACGGUGAAGUUGGAAGCAUGGAGGAAAGCCCUGGAUCUUGUCUUCCUUGUGUUGCAGACAGACACUGAGAUCAUUAUUGGUAUAGAUCCUAAACAAGUGGAGGGGCAAUCAAAUGUUAUGGUGCUAUGAUGGUUUUUAAGUGAACACAGUUUUGUGUACUAUAAUUUUGCAUAUUGAAAACAUUGUCAUGUAAUGCAUAUCUAAUGUGUUUUAUUCUAUGAAUCCAAAUAUGCUGAAAAAUUAAUAAAGGGUUGUAAAUUCAGAGGUAUUAUUCAGUUAUUAGAGCUUGUCAGCCAAUAGUAAAUUGCAGUGGCCUGGCAAAAUUUGACCACAUGGGGGAGACAAAGGAUAUGAACAUUGCGCUAUGUCACAUCAUGGUUUUCUUGUGUGUUUUGAGCUCAGUAAACGUUUUCAUGAUUAUCCCCAUCCUAGAAUUACAUGUUGAUCAUCUCACAUCACACCUCAUGCACAAUUUAUAUGAUACAUUCCACCCACAGCCAAAGUUACAGAACAAGCAUAGAAUGUGUGACAUAUUUUAUCAACCUCAUCACUGACUACAAAGUAAGCAUUAUAGGCUAUUGAGGAGUUGCUAACAGUUUUCAAAAUGGAAGAUUAAACACGAGGGUCCAGUGUUGACCCUUUAACAUCUUGCCACCAAUGACAUGUAACAGUCUACUUCAAAGAUGAGCUCAUCUUCUAAAACCCAAUGAAUAAUGCACUGUUGAAGUGUCACUGAUGGGCCCAAGGAAAAUGUAAUUUUUUUUGUCAGUGUUUUCCUGAGUCUCUAUUUGCUUCCUAUGUGUCUGCACUUAGACUUACAACCUCCACUUUGGACACUGCCUAAGUCCCAGCCAACAAGACAUGGUUUCAUGACUGGCUUGGUCCUGUUUGUCAUAACAUAGGAAGAGUUUGCAGAAAAGGAACUUUCCUAGACAAAGUGAAUGUCUCUCAGGUCUGACUAAUCCAAAACCCUGCUAAUGUAAAACGUUUUUAAAAAAUAUCAACAUUUCUCACUAGGUCCCAGAAGCUGUCUUGUUUUUAUGUAACGGUGAACUUUAAUUAUCAACUUGAACUUACCAUAUGUAUUUCCAUUGGUCAUAUUCUAACAAAGGAGCUCCACAGGGAUCAUAACAGACUGUGAUGGCUGUACUUUGGAAUCCAAGCUAUUUUAACUCUAGCAUCACUCAAUGGUGGUGUUGCUGUGAAUGGUUUGGGGUGUGAUGAUGACCAAUGAAAACAUGACAACUGAGAAGUAAAUGGGUAAGACCAAAGUAGUGACACAUUUGGAAGGUCAAACUAGGAACACAUUUGGAAGGUUAAACUAGUGACACAUUUGGAAGGUCAAACUAGGGACACAUUUGGAAGGUCAAACUAGACACAUUUUGUUUUUUUUAUGUCUGCUCACAACCCAAUUUAUGUUGGAGGAGUGUCUGGAGGAAUCCAAUGCCUAAUACUUCGUCAUGGCAAACAGAGUGAGACAGUGUACCUGGAAUUAGAUGAAUGUGUUGUAUUUGAAGUACUGUCUGAAAAUUAUGCCCAUGGCACACAAAGCCCACACAAUACCUACUGUUUCAACUCAGUAUGAUUCUGAAAUUAUUAUCAGUCCGUGUGAGGAUAGUCAAGUGAAUAGGAAGUAUUAUUUUGUGCUGAGUCAUUGUGGUCUGCCUGUGGUUACAUUUUUCAUUGAUAUGCAUGCAUCCAAUCACAAUGAUAUUAUCAACCAUAAUCUGAGUUUCAGAUGUGUGUCCAUGUGAAAACAGACAUUCAUGGCUUUGACUCAGGUUAAAAUUGAUUAAAGACAAAAUAUCUAAAUGGCAUACUUUAUAGAAACAGCAUUCAUACAAUUCACGUCAACGCAGAGUUUCUGUUUGAAGGGGCCAUUCAAAUAGUCAAUUUCCUUUCAUUAAAUUAGACAAGCCAUUGUAAUUUACUCUGUUGUACUUUCUGCUGCAUUAUUUGGUUGUUCUUCAAUAGCAUAGCACCGAAUCACUGAUUCUGCUCAAAAGUUCUACCAAGCUAAGCUGAAGCCUCCACUGGUCUCAGGUUGCACCAGCCCAGGGUCUCUUAUGACGCAGGUCUGUCAGUAAGCCCCAGUCUUUUCUCUGCUAGUGCUGUGUAGGGUUGGCUGGUUCAGUUAGAACGUCAAAGUGGGCUUGUGCAAGUGUGUGUGUGUGCUCGCAUUGGAGGGCGCAUGCGAACUGAGGCCCACACGGGAAGCCUCUCCAGAUUUCUGCCAGCUGCCUUGCUAUAAACAUUUCAGAGUGGAGGAAGAAGACUAUGGAGGGGGGAACACACGAAUCCCCAUCCAAACUACCCUCGAAUAUCAACUCUUAGCGCUUUCUUAAAGAAACUAGUAGAGGCCAGAGAGAGUGGACCUUGCCGUCGAGGCUAACAAGCACCUUUCGAAGUGUUGUACGCGCUUCGUUUCCUCUCGGCUUGGGAAUAGAGGGCAUGCUGCACCAGAGGGGGGGUUCUCAAACAAACUAUCUGACCCUGGUGGUUAACUAA